AUGAGCCAACAACUUUCAAAUUCAAUUUUGGUGCUAUUAGGCGGUGGCCAUGCUGCAGGAAAGAGGACUGCAGCUUUGUCAAUUAAAGAUCAACUACGGUCAAUAAUGUCUGAAUCAUCCGUUGAUGUGCAAAUAAUUAAUAUGAAUGAGUAUACUGACCAUGAACGCUCAUCCGUCGACCCUAGCCAGUUUCCUAGCUCUAAAUCGGCGGCAAUUACUGUCUCAAAGGACGCGUCACAAUCACUUCCCAUCUUGAAGCCAUCCAGAUUCAACUUUGAAAAGCUAAAACGUGAUAUAAAAGAACUAGAUGGAGCAAGUUCCACUCAAACAAUAGUGUUGGUCCAUGGCUUGUAUGCACUUUACGAUAAAGAUCUACGAAAUAUGGCACAAAUCAAAGUCUUUAUAGAUAGUGAUGCUGAUACUCGAUUGAUUCGUUGGAUUAGAAGAGAUGUUCUUGAAAGUGAAUCCGAGAAGUUGGAAACUGUGAUCAAUGCUUACUUGUUAGGAGCUCGGCUUGAGAUGAGUGAUUACAUCUUUCCCACAAAGGAGUUUUGUGACGUUAUUAUGCCAAAGGGCCCCGAACCAAAUUCAGUCAGCUUAGUAAUAGAUGGAAUUUUACUUUUCGUAUCGAAAAAUGACCAACCUAAACGAACAGACCUCCCUUUCAAUUACUUAAGACCCGCUGAAAUUGGAAACUUUGAAAAGGAAAAGUUUGAUGUGCAGAAGAAUAAGUUCUACCAAUUGAAUUGA